AUUACAUCACCUUUGCAAGUGCAUGUGUGUGCACUUGAGCAUUUAUUUGUCCAAGUAUGGUUGAUUCUGUGUGGCUCUCCCACUCCCUGUGCGUCAUUCCGCGCUAUGUCAUCGCUCGGCAGAAAGUGAUUCUUUGUAGUAGACUUGAAAAGAUCCAUGUGGUCUGCAACAUUUCCUUGCUUUUGUCCUCAAAAAAAAACCACACAAACACACGCACAAGCUGCUCAAGUGGACUUUGGACCACGCUGCGGUCCUAUGGGAAUGGAGUUGUUUUUCCUUCCUGGUUGUUCCGGUUAAGUUUGUCAUUCAGUAAAGUUUCCCGCGUGGUAAGGUCAGGUCACAUGAGGCGGAGAAUGAUAAUGCCCAGGCGUCGCACCUCGGAAACACGCAAAUCCUAUCAAAUGAACGGCGACUGUGUUCCUCAUGUAACAAGAUUAAGAUUGCAGGCAAAUGGGGGAAGUUCUUAACAUAUUCCGAAUUAUUCCUUCAUGAAGAAAGUCGCACCUUGUCUGCGCAUUUGAUAAUGAGAUGCAACAUUUUGAAACAUGGGUAAACAGUCUCCUGAAUACUGUCGAUGGAGGCCGAACAAGAGGACGGCGGCCUGGCGCUUUCAGUGGACGAGCUCCUCGUGAAGGAGGCACAGAUCCAAUUUCACUGAGAUGAGAGGAAAUUUAGAGGCCACUGACUCUGCACUGGGACUCUCUUCAACUGUAUAGCUGCUGCCAACACAGCAGAUGUGACUCAGAUGCUGAGUACAACUCUGGAAGUAGAUCCCAAAACACUAACUCAGCUUUUCAAGACUAGUGAAAAUGUUACGACGGCAACAAAAGUCAAAAUUUUAUCCAUUAGAUUUGGAUUGUAGGUAGUCAGAGGGUAACCAUAAACGUCAAAGUCGGCUGAGACAGCCACCAGCUCACCUGAGACCCUAUUGAGGACAAGCGGUAAACCCGAUGGAUGGAUGGAUGGAUGCAAUUUAUACAUUAAAGCUAUUCCAGACCAGCUUUCUCAUGACUGUGAGUCACACUGGCAGCAGAUGGCAACUGGAAACCUUAAAAAGGCCCUCAGGGGACACCGUAGCCCCUGGCACCUCCUGCUAACUCCUUUCUUUAGCCACUUAACUGGAAAGAAGUUUAUAUCUUCAGUAGCUGCGCUUAGGUUACUUGCAGCCUUUGGCUCACUCGUAAGGUGUCAAUGAUUGAUUUUCCACUCUUAACAAACUCCUACAAAAGUACUCUUUUUCAAUUAAAAGUAAGUUUAUCUAUAUUAAAUUUUAAAACAGAUAUUAUGUAUUCUCAGAACACAAUUUAUUUUUGAUAGUUUUGCCUUAUUUACGUUUUUUGUUUUUUUUAAUUAAUGUGGUUGGAUGUUUGGUAGUGGUUGGAGGGGUUGUAGGUGCAGAAUGGCAGCCCCACCUUUGUCUUACUGAAUGAAAAAUGCAUGAAAUAGGAAGUAAGUUUAAUACCGUAAGUCCAUCAUCCAUUUUCUUAGCCGCUUAUCCACACAAGGGUCACAGGGAGUGCUGGAGCCUAUCCCAGCUGUCAACGGGCUGGAGGCGGGGUACGCCAUGAACUGGUUGUCAGCCAAUUGCAGGGCACAUAGAGACAAACGCCCGCACCUUUUGCAUGUUUUUUGGGAUGUGGGAGGAAACCGGAGUGCCCGGAGAAAACCCACGCAGGGACGGAGAGAACAUGCAAAAUCCACACAGGCGGGGCCGAAAUGGAACCCAGGACCUCAGGACUUUGAGGCCAACGCUUUCCAGCUGCCGCCUAAUACUUUUCUGCUUUGCGGGAUGUGCGGAGUGUUGUGUGCUCGAAAGAGGACCGGACUUACUAUGAUUUUGUUCUCCGCGUGCUGCAUCUGCGGUCUGAUCGGCGGCAUCCUCAACUUCCAGUUUGUCCGCGCGCUCAGUAAACGAGCGGAUUCCAUGCAGUCCGUCCACCUGGCCGCCAUGACGCUGGCCUGUCUGGGGAUCUCGUCUUGUACGUUAUCCACGUGGCUCACCUGCCGACUCGCGAGCUCUGAGCAGCAGAGGAUGUUUUUGGAGAGGGAGCACUCGCUGCACCAUUCGCACGAGAUGACCGAGAAGGUAGAGAGGACGUCCUGGACAACUCCAGUAAUGGCAUCCCUCAGAUCUCCUACAAUUGACACGGCAGUGCCUCACUUUGAUGACAACUUUGAAUAUUUACUGUCAUAGCUACAUAAAGCAUGCCCGUAAAUGCGAUGAGGUACAACAAUAUCAUCCAAAGGAGGUGGACAGAAUAUAUUGAGGGAUGGAUGGCUGGAGUUCAUCUGACCAAACCAAAGAGGAGGACGAAUAGACAUUUUAGUAUGAAAUAUUUAUGUGACAUUAUCAAACCUGCUUUAAGUUAAUAAGCAGACUGGAUUGAUUUUUUAAAAAAAAAUAUUUUAUUCAUAGUGCCUCAAAGGAAGUUAUUUCAGCCUUCAUCCUAAUGUGGGUUUAUGGAAGGACAAUUGUGAGUCACUUGUUUCAAAUGUUAUGCUAUUCAAUGAAAAUACAUUAAAGGUGCACAAUACUGCUUGGAAAACGUUCGUAGCAUUAGGUACACUUGUCCAAUCUCGUCAUUAGUUGAACAAUAUCAUUAGAAUAACUGUCAGUAAUUUAUGUAAAACAGUGGGGGCAUUUUUCUAUUUGUUUUUUUUUAAAUCAUAUUGAAUAAUCAGAAUAUGUUUUUAUUCCAGUACUCUAAUUAGAAAGUGAAACUCAGAUUUUGGACUCAAUACAAAGGUAAAUAUUUCAUGAUUUAGA